UAGCCACAUAGCUUGUUAAGUCCAUCUAACAAUCUACAGAAUAAAAAUAUAUAGAAGAAUCCGAAUGACAAACCUAGCCUUGACAUUAACACAUUGGGCUUUGGUACUUCAGGUUGUCUUUAGUUAUUGAAUUUAAAUGGCUUGACUUUAAAUGAUUUAAAAAAUUAAGUUCAUAAGUUCAAGGAUUUCAAGAUGUCGCUCCUGACAAAAAAAAAUACAAGCCUUUACCUACAUUUCAAAAGGUAAGCACUCAAACUGUCAGUGUCAUUAGAGUAGAUAAUGUCACAACGGUUACCGUACCGACCACUGAAGUAGGAAAACUAGGAAAAGAAACCUAGUCUAUGUUACCGACAUCCAUAGAUCCUACUUCAUUGCCGACAUCUGACAUUAAAUCACAGUUCACAGAAAUUUAUCGAAUGACUAUUUGUAUUUACUAUUGAGUGUAUGCUAUGUACUGUUGUAUACUUUACAAUACAUUAUUACACUUAAAGCUUCAUAUCUAGUAAAAAACGAUUUCUUACUCAUUUGAAUUAAAGAAAUCAUGGGGAACAUGUACAUAUGAAAACUAAACUGUAAUGAUGACAAAUAUAACAAAUAUUGAAGAUCACAUAGUAAUAAAGGCUGAACCGACUGCAUAUUACAUUAGUAAAUUCAUCACAGAAGCCGAAGAACAGCUGAUACUGUCAAACAUAUAUGCAGCACCGAAGCCUAAAUGGACACAGCUAUCAAAUCGUAGAUUACAAAAUUGGGGAGGUGUCCCACACAAUAAGGGAAUGAUAGCAGAAACAAUACCUACUUGGUUAGACCUAUAUCUCGAAAGAAUUCACAAAUUAAAUGUUAUGUGUGGUAGACGACCAAACCAUGUAUUGGUAAAUGAAUAUACACCAGGACAAGGCAUUAUGCCGCAUCUUGAUGGAAAUUUGUUUUACCCGACCAUAACAACAAUAUCAGUGGGCUCGCACAUAGUCUUAAAAUUCUUGAAACCAACUACAGAUAAUGAAAAAGUUGAGAUGCAACCAAUGUUUUCUUUUUUGUUAGAACCAAGGAGCUUGCUUAUCUUGCAAGACAAAUUAUUUAGUCAUUAUCUGCAUAGUAUUGAAGAGUUAAAUGAAGAUGUAAUAGAUGAUUCUAUUGUCAAUUUAAAUAUGUGUUCUGAUAAAUAUGUUAGAGGUGAGACAUACAAAAGGUGUACCCGGAUAUCAUUGACAAUAAGACAUGUUCCUAAAACAACUAGUUUCAAAAUAAAUAUUGGCAGUAUUAAAAGAUGAAAAAUUAA